AUGGGAGGUUGGGAGGAGGGUAGUUGGAAGUGGGGGGAUUUAGGAGUGAUAGAAGGGUUGUUGGGGGAAGACGGCGUUGAUAGUAGGUAUGGUACUCUUAAGGGCCGGUUGGUGGAGUUCGGUGGUUUGAAGGAAGGUAGGGAUGUUGUGGUGUGGAGAGGUACGGCGGACACGGCUUCGAGCUUUUCGGUAGCUUCGUGUUACGACUACUUUAGGAGGGGUAGGAUACCUCACGGACCUUUUGAAAAAAAUCAUGGGGCGUUUGGUUUACUUUGGAAAUCGGAGGUUCCUCAUAAAGUGAAGACGUUUGGUUGGAGAAUUUUCCGUAAUAGAUUCCCUACCUUAGAUCUCUUAUUGAGAAGAGGUGUGGCCAUUCCCGCGAAUAGCUUAAAUUGUAUUCUUUGUGAUACAAGUGAGGAGAAUUCGAAGCACUUCUUCUUUUCUUGCGAGGUGGUUAAGAAAGUGUGGUCGGAGGUAGCCGUUUGGGUGGGAAAAAGCGAGUCGAAUGAGGAAGAUUGUAAAGUUGUUUUCUUGGAUUGGCAUAAUUUUUUCCGAUCAAAGAAAGUGAAAAAAGGGAAGGAGGGUAUGAUAUGGCUUGCUUGUUGUUGGCCCCUUUGGAUUAUAAGGAACGGUGUUCGUUUCCGGAAGGACAAAUGGAGCGUUAACGAUAUCGUUUGGAAUAUCAAAUUAUUGGCUUGGAAGUGGAUGUUUUUCGGCAAAAUUACUCAUCCCAAUUUCUCAUAUUACGAGUUUGUAAUGGACCCUUUGUUAUUCCUCUCGUAG